CCCCAUCGAACAUAACCUCAAGGCUUCAACGAUAGAAAGAAAGAGGAAAGGGUGUAGUAGCGGGGGGAGGGAGCGGGAGAAAGAGCCGCGGGCGGCCGGCAUUGGCCUAAGGGUUUCUCACAGCUCGCGGCCAAUCAGGGGAGAAGGGGCAGGGUAGAGGAGGAGGAGAAGGGGAAGCUUUCUCGACGGUCGCGAGACCCCGCUGUCCGCCGGACGCUCAGACGCGCGCUCCUCGAGGUUCGCUGACAGUCGCGCGCGCGGAGAAGCGGAGGAGGAUCAAGAGGGGACAGUCCUCGCGGCGAGAUGACGGAGGUGCAGAGGACGCUGGCGCCCUCGGACGACGGGGAACGGCCCGGCAAGCAGCGGCUGUCCGGUGGAGGCGUCGCCACCUUGGAGGACCUGGGGGCCAGGCUGCGCGAGGCCUUCGAAGGCGACCGAGUCAACGUGGAGCUCGUCGGCGACCUGAUGCGCGCCUACAAGAGCAGCGCCGCCGACUGGCGCAAGUUCGCCAGGUUCAACCGGCACAGGUACACCCGCAACCUGGUGGACGAAGGCAACGGCAAAUUCAACCUGAUGCUGCUGUGCUGGGGCGAGGGCCAGGCGUCGGCGGUGCACGAUCACGCCGACGCGCACUGCUUCAUGAAGGUGCUGCAGGGGUCGCUGCGCGAGACGCGGUACGCCUGGCCCCAGGAGGGCUCCCAGGACGAGCUCCGUCCGACCGGCUGCUCCGCGCUGGGCCUCAACGAGGUCUGCUACAUCAACGAUUCUUUGGGGAUCCACUGUGUGGAGAACCCCAGUCACACGGAAAGGGCGGUGAGUCUUCACCUGUACUGCCCGCCCUUCGACUCCUGCACGGUGUUCAACACUCGCACCGGUCACAAGACCAAGUGCCCCGUCACGUUCUGGUCGGUGCACGGGGAGAGGCACCACACGAAGGUGAAUCGACAGGAUUGUUGUCCAGAAGAUAGCUGAUUCACCCAAAUACUAGCAAUGACAUGCAUAAUAUAUUUUUUGUUACCUGUACAUUUUUAUCAUGACUAAAAAAUCAUGUGUA